CGGCGAUGGGUUCGCGGUCUGCACGGUGCGUGGCGGCGCUGUGGCUGCUGCUGCUGGCGCUGGCGGGGGUGGAGACUGGGGGCGCAGAGCUUACUGUGGUGAGGACACGCCAGGGGGCGGUGCGAGGCCGCCGCCAGGCGACCAGCAAGGGCCGCCCCCUGCUCGCCUUCUACAACCUGCCGUACGCGAAGCCGCCCGUCGGCUCGCUGCGUUUCAAGGAUCCACAGCCGCCAGAUGGGUGGGUGCACAUCCGAGAUGCCACUGUGCGUGGGCCCGACUGCGUACAGAAUGACGACUUUUUCUUCCAUACUGGAGUGUCUGGGUCUGAAGACUGCCUCUACCUCAACGUCUACACACCUGAGCUGUCACCAUCCAGUCCACUGCCAGUCAUGUUUUGGGUUCAUGGAGGAGGAUUUUUCUAUGGCGGUGGCUCAGUUUAUGGACCGGAUUUUCUCUUGGACCAUGAUGUCGUAUUAGUAACCAUCAAUUACCGACUUGGAACGUUAGGUUUUCUGAGCACCGAAGAUGAAGCUGCUCCCGGAAAUUUCGGACUUAAAGAUCAGGUGGCGGCGCUGCGUUGGGUACAGGAGAACAUCGCAGCGUUUGGCGGAGACCCGGACAGAGUCACGAUUUUCGGAGAAAGUGCGGGGGCGGCUUGCGUACACCUCCUUGCGCUGUCACCCCUCGCCAGAGGUCUCUUCCACCGCGUCAUAAUGGAGAGCGGCUCCGCCCUGGCGCCCUGGACGUUGGCGCGCAACGGGGAGUCAGCUGCGAGGGCGCGGGAGGUGGCCGCCUACUUGGGCUGCCCCACACAGCCCCACGCCGCCAUGGUCGACUGUCUGCGCGGUGUCGACGACCACAAGCUGCUGCUCGCCGGGAACAUCAUAAAGAAAUGGGGCGUACACCCUGCCGUACUGUUUCAUCCCGUCGAGGAAGCUGCCACGCCUUCUUCAUUUCUUCCCGGACCCUCGUCGCUCCUGAAGCCUGCUGAAGUGGACUGGAUGGUUGGCGUGAAUGAAAAUGAAGGAGGACUUUUUUGUGCAGGGUUUUAUGCCAACAGUUCAGUGUGGAAAGAGUUCGAAAGUAAUUUAAACACUUUGUUACCGAUAACGAUAUUUUAUGAUACCGCACGAAAUGCUGAUGUCAUUGGAGAAAAGAUUCGUGAAUUUUAUUUUCCAUCUGGAAGUCUCUCUCUCAAGGGUAUGACUGAACUGUACUCAGAUGUCAUGUUUAUUUGGGGAAGUGACGAGGCAGUCCGACGUUACAGAAACACGGCCUCUGUCUACUAUUAUUAUUUUACCUACAGAGGAAAGUACAGGACAGCAGAUCCCUAUCGAAAAAUUAACUUUGAUUUUGGCGCUGGACACACAGACGAACUGUUCUACUUAUUUCCGAAAAACCCGUUCUACCCAGAAAAUUAUGAGUUACCAGAAGAAGACAGGAAGAUAGUUGAUACGUUGACUAAGUUGUGGACCAAUUUCGCUAAAACUGGGAACCCAACUCCUGAUGGUGAGUCUGUAACGUGGCCGAAAGUUGCGUCUGAUGAUGAACCGGAGUACUUGGAAAUCGGUAAAGAGCUGAAAGCAAAGAGGGGUUUCGCCAAGAAGCGUAUGGAAUUCUGGCGAUCUGUGACUCCUUUAUGGGAUUUUGGAACUGUAUCACACCUGAUGGGCACGCAAGAGCCCGAAACCGGUCGUGGCUUAAGUACUGAAAAAUAAAAGAAACCUUACAACUGAAGCACUAUUUUCAACCGCUACUAUAGUGCUCAGUUGCGGAUGUUUCUCCAGCAGGACUAUUUCAUUUAGUACUGCGGAGUGGAAUUUUUUCAGUUCUAUAGGAUCUAGGUGGCAGCGCUGUUUACCUUCGCAGCUUGUUUAUGGUAUGAAGGACGUUCACAUGUCCAGGGUGUUUGCAUAAAAAAGAGGCGUCCAGAGAUCGAUCGUCACAAGCCUUUACAAAUGUAUAUGACAGAAGAGAGGGAUGGAAAUUCCCGGCAUCUAUUAUUCAGUCGCAUAAUCGAUUGUUAUUGCAAAUUUACUUUGAAACCACAUUAUAAUACCAUACAGAAAGAAUUGAAAGAUACAGUUGAUCACACGAGAGCAAAAUAUCGCUACCAUCGACAGACAGGAUUCGUUGUUCUGCACAUGAAGAGGAAUUUGUGAUAAAUUUGCAGAUGUAGCGCACAUGAAGAAAUUGAUGACAUGAAAAGUGAAGUUCCUGAAGUCCAAUGCAUUAUGCCACUGUCAGUUGCAAUAGUUUGCGAUGGAUUUGAAAGAAGAAUAUGGAGAAUUAUUACUGAAAGUACGUUGGUUCAGUGGAGGGAAAUGCUGGAAAGACUUUUCAAUUUGGAACCCGCUAUUGUUGUUUUGCAGGAAAAAGUAGUGCAGGAGGGAAAAAUAGAACAUCUUGAAUGGACUGAGGACCUCACAUAAUUAAGUGGACUUGGCUACCCACUGCCUCCAGUAAGACACUGAAACGUGAGAAACAACUUAUUUCUGACUUGAUCGGGAUGCAUUUAAACAGAAAAUUUCGUUGCAGGAAGAAUAAAUUCUGACAAACAUAAUCCAGUUCCCCAAGGCACUGGCGUCAAAAAAAAGAGAGGUCUGAAGAAUUAAUUGUGGUCUUGAAAGGAUUACGAGGGUAGUUUUCUAAACGUUUGGAGGAUCCUGCCAGCUUCAUCUGUUUCCGAGCUGCAUUUUCAGUUGCAAGUUCCCUUGUGCAAGUGCAAAUGUAACCGAUUCAUCUACUCAGUAAUUCCCGUUUUAAAGACACCAUCCUUUCCCGUUAAAAGCGCCUUGGCCGUCUACAUUGUUUUCCUCAGGCGGAGGUUUCAGAAGUGUUUCGAUUGGCAUACGUUUGUGGAAGACGUUAUUUUCGAUUAUGAAACUAAAUAAGUCACAAUUACAUGGCAAACUGAGUGCGGAAAUCAUGAAAUGGUCUUCGGCUGUCCGUUGGCCGACAUUUCGUACCAGGUAAAAAUUGUGUCUUCAGUGGGCCAAAAAUAAUUAGAUAAUACUGAAAAUUUGUUUCGCUUGUGAUCUGUGUUGUUCAGAAAUAAGAAAUAUAAAACUGCGUCGCCGUUGAAAUUCGGCGCAUUCACAGUUCCUGCAAUCUCCUUCCUUAAGUUCAGACAGCGUGCCGUGGCAGUGGAUGCACUGAGUAGACAAGCUGAGCGCUAUGACACUUGUGGCAGGGCACGCCCCUGGUCUAAAUUAUCUAAGCAUGAGCAAGUUAUGUGCAUUUCAAUAAAAUUAUUAGUUGAGAUAACAAAGAAUACUAAUAAACAUGAUAAAAACGGUUGUAUUCUUUUGAAUCACUGAUAUAGGUUAUGCAUCAGGGUUUAUACUGAAGGAAGUGAUGAUCUGAGGCCUUAGUUUCUACGGAUCACACAAUGUUCAUAGAACUUAACGGGAAUGUAGCCGGGUGAUGUCGAAAUAAUUACCGAUAUUCGACAAGAGCUCACCCUGAUAUUUUCUAGGCAAAACUGCAGCAAGUAAGCGCUGUUGAAAUUAAUAACCAACGAGUGAGGAAGAAUAAACUCUCUCCCUCCGUUUUUUGACAAGUGAGAGAGCAGAAUUCCAUGCAGAAUUUAAAAAAAAAAAUAUCCCAACUCCAUUUAUAAAGUUACUUGCGGAUUUAUUUUCAACGUCUUCCUUCAUAACACCAUCCCAAUUGCUGGAAGUGCACGCCAGAAUCUCCGAUGCCAACACAAUGUUCUGCAAAGGCCGAUUUGCUCAGCUGUUGUCAGCGUGUGUGGACUUAUGUUCAGUACACUGGCUCUCCACAGUCCUGACAAUCUGACCUAUAUAUGAUAUGCGGCAACAGCAAGGAAUAAGAUACACACCCGCCUUACUCAAAACAAGAUCUCCUUUACGGAAAUUAAGAGAAUCCUAUUCUGGGAUGGUGGUCGAAAAACACACUUCACAUCAUAUUUCCGUAAAAUACGACCAAUCCUGUCCGAACUGCUCCCUGCGUAAUGCAAAAAGGCCGUAUACUUUGGUGCCACCUCGGUAUUAUCAUCAUUCACUCGGUGCACAGACGGUCGACAGCGCAAAGCACGUAUAAUCUGUCUCAUUAUAACCAUUCUGACGAAAGGUGACUACGAGAUGGGCCAACUCAGCUGACAAACUCUCAGGGUCCGAGAUGACAUGGUCCUUGUGAACCAAGGUACAGAGUUCCCCUAGCGUGAUGGAAAUCUACAGAUACAAAUCAGUGUGAGUAGGCUUCCUACAAAGUACCGUCCACCUUUCUCCUCACUAACCCAUCAAGUAAGGGAAGAGAGCUCUUCUUUUCUACCUCCAACCUGAAGAAAAUAUUCGAGUUGAUUGAAUUCAGGUGUUCUAAAAAAUCAUUCAAAUUCUCACUGGCAUAAGGCCAAAAGCCAGUGUUACGAGAAAAACUAACAGCUUCCUGAGGAAAGUUUCUUGUAGCAGGAGACGAUCAAGAGCCUCAUUUCUUACGCCGUAGGUUAUGUGGCCUCCCUAUGGACCACAAGGAGAUGGUUCCUCUUCGUCUGAUUGCGAGUAACAUUGGUGCUUCGAGAUACCUUGUAGCAAAACACUUUGCUACUCUGUUAAGCCCAAUAGCAGGCCGUUGUGAGCACCACAUUAAGAACUCGGCGGAUUUCUUACGUCGGUUACGGGGAAUGCGUUUGAAUGACUCUGAUAUUCUAAUCAAUUUUGAUGUGGUCUCUCUGUUCCCUAGCACUCCUCUGUCUGAUUAAUUACGGGUGAUUGAGGUAAGGUUUCGUGCUGAUUUAACGCACCUAUUUCGACAUGUGUUGACUUCUACUUAGUUUUCAUUCAACAACCAGAACUACGAGCAGACAGGUGGAGUUAUGAUGGGAAGCCUGUCGGCACCUAUUAUCGCCAAUUUGUUUAUGGAAGGUUUCGAGGAACGUGCCUUGGGGUCGGUGGCUUCGAAACCUGCAUGUUUUCCAGAUAUGUAUAUGAUACUUGUGUGGUUGUGCCUCAUGGCGUUUUAGAGCAGCUGAAUUCAAUCCACCUAAAUAUUCAUUUAACGACGGAGGUGAAAAAGCAUGGCUGUCUUCCCUUGCUUGAUGUGUUGGUGAGGAGGAAGAUGGACGAUACACUGGGAUAUGCUGUUCAUAGGAAACCUACUAACAUCGAUUUGUAUCUGAAAGCUGACAAUUUUCACUACACGUCACAGAAGGGGUGUUUGUACCUGAGAGUUUAUGAGCUGAGACGGCCCAUAUCGAAGUCACCUUUCGUCGGAGUGGUUAUAAUGAAAGGCAUAUUAGACGUGCUUUGCGCCUUGCCUCGGAAUGGUUAUAAUGAAAGCCAUAUUAGACGUGCUGUCGAUCAUCUGUGCAUCGAGUGAACGACGGUAGUACCGACUUGCCACCAGAGUAUACGGUAUUUUUGCCUUACACAGGGAGCACGUCGAAUAGGACUGCUAGUAUUUAACGGAAAAAUGAUGUGAAGUUGUUUUUCGAGCACCAUAUCAGAUUAUGAAUUUGUAUGUCCAUCCUCGCGAUUGGAGAUCUGAGCGACUCCGCCCGUUCACUUAUGUAAUAAAACGGAACACCUACAGCCAUCUUUGAGUGUCAAUUAUUAUAUGGCUACUGAAGCAUCAAAACUGGUAGCUAUAUAACAAAUGACAUCAUAAGAACAACAGUAGGUGUACCGUUUUCUUAAAUCUCACGCCAGCAUCCUUCUAGGAUUUCGUAAAGGAUAUCCUGGUUUGCCAAAGGCGGAUGUCUACCGCAUUCUCUUGCAGUUGUGGCAUGUCAUAUAUUGGUCAGACUAUGAGGACUCUGAAGGUCCGGUGUACUACGCAUAAGCGACACACACGCUUACAACAGCCGAACAAAUCCCCCUUUGCAGAACAUUCAGUUGACACGGGACACUCUAGGGAAUAUCACGACACGGAGAUUCUGGCAUGCACUUCCAGCUACUGGGAUAGUGUUAUUAUGGAAGCUAUUGGUAUUAAAUUAGCAGAUAACCUUAAAAAUACAGAUGGUGGUUUUUGGUGAGAUUUUGCAUGGAAUCCUUUCUCUCACAUGUCAAAAACAGAAGGACAGAGUUCAUGCUACCUCACCCUUAGAUUAUUAAUUUCAUUAUCCAUAAUUUCUGAUGUCGGUCAUCUUUGGUUUGUGAUGGCACUAGUAUUUACAGUGUGUGUGUGUGUGUGUGUGUGUGUGUGUGUGUGUGUGUGUGUGUUAUCUUACGGAGUUUCUGAGAAAAUCGAGAUUUUAAAUUCACUUGCACAGAGCUUACUUACAGCAGUUUUCCCUUGAAAAUAGUAGGGUGUGCUCGGCGGUUGUCCACACGUGAGCCGGCUGCAUUCCUGUAAGUUAUAUUAACUGAUGAUUUAUUGAGUCAGUUAAAACACACAAGCAAUUAAAAUGAUGCUCCCAGGAGUAUGCAUUAAAGCACAAAAUAAUUACGAUUAACAUAGACAGAUGCAGUAAACAUUGGGUGACUGUGUUUAAACUGAUAGCAGAUUCCCCAGAUAGCAAAUAAAAUCCCAGCUGGCUCGCUGAUACUCAGUUCCAUUCAGCCCAAAUUCUUCAAAGUGCGACGAAAAUUUUAAGUGUACACCCACCCGCUAGCCAGCCAGAACCUAUCACUUCAGAAGUUAUAACCCCAGGCUAGCAGUUGUCCAAUGUGUACCUUACCUCCGAGACCAGUCCGCACAGAACGACCGCCCGAGGCAGAAUGAAUGACCUAUAGCGACCGUUCGCUCGCCUUUUUAAGACCUCAGUUUAACCACGAAAAUUCACAACAAGCACAAAAUAUUUUAAAUGGAUCACCAAUUGAAAUAUACGUUAUGUACAAUUACAACAUCAUAUUAAAUGAACCGUCUUUGUCUCUCAGUACCAUCAGACCAUACACAGUAUCUUAGGUCUCAUAGUUUAUGCACAGUUAGUUAAAACAUGAAAUGUGAGAACACACGCUCAAGAUAAAUGACAAAGAAAUUGUUGAUGAAA